AAAUGUAAACGUUUAUAUUAACUUUAGAAUGUUUGGAAUCUAAAAAUAUAUGAUCACGUCAGUAACAUGGAUGGAUACUAAAAGAGUACGCAGAAAGAACGUCAGUUGGUUAUAAUCUCUCGGCAGUGAAACUUGUUUGGUUCUAUCUCCCUCUCUCUUUUUAUCUUUCUUUGUCUCAUUUUUUCUCUCGCACGCAAAUAGACGCGCGCGCGCGCGCGUGCACAAACACACACACACACCCACCCAUACCCACCUAAACACACCCAUUUAGAUUACAUUACAUAGAUCUUUUUAUUUCCAUUAAGUUUUGACUCGUGAAAUGGAAUUGUCGUGGGCUUGGAUAAUAGCCAUUGUGCUAGUGAUAAUUAGCACAUAUUUAUAUUUGUGGAAUGAUUAUGAUUACUUCAAGAAAAGGGGCAUACCGUAUAUAAAAUCAUGGCCAAUAUUGGGCAGCUUUGCUCCAGCAUUUAUAAUGUUGAAACCACCGGCCGAAUUUAUCAUCGAUAUGUACAAUCAUAAUCCUAAUGCAAAAUACAUUGGUUUUUUCGAAACGAAUAAUCCGGUUGUAUUGAUACGUGACCCCGAAUUAAUCAAAUUGAUUUCGGUUAAGUAUUUCGAUUAUUUCCCGGAACACCGUGGUCUCGUUGAAGAAGGACACGAUCCAUUAUUUGGAAGAAAUUUAUUUUCGUUACGUGGCGACAAAUGGAAAGAAACUAGAAUGAUGUUGACACCUGCAUUUACAUUGAGCAAAUUAAAGGGCAUGUUUAAAUUGAUGAACGAGUGCGGUGCUGAUUUUACAGAAUUUUUAUCGAAAAUGCCAGAUCAUAAGAAAACAAUUGAAAUGAAAGACGUAUUAACUAGAUAUACCAACGAUGUAAUAGCAACUUGUGCAUUUGGUAUAACUAUCAAUUCGAUGAAAGAUCCGGAAAAUGAAUUUUAUAUUUGUGGAAGAGAGGCUACGAAUUUUGGUCCAUUGAGAACAUUCCAAUUCAUUUUGUUACGUAGUUUUCCAAUAUUAUCACGUCUGAUCAAUAUCAAAUUCGUAUCGGAUAAGGUUGCUAAUUAUUUUGAGAACAUUGUCAAAGACGUUAUUGACACGAGAGAUCAAAAUAAUAUUGUUAGAUCGGAUAUGAUACAAUUGAUGAUUGAAGCUAGGGAUAAGAGAACUGAAUUGGGACAAGAAUUACCAUUAAUAGAUAUAGUUGCACAGGCAUUCAGUUUCUUCUUUAGCGGAUUUGAUGGUGUUGCUUCUUCAAUGUGUUUCACUUGUCACGAGAUUUGCGUUAAUUUGGAUAUACAAAAGAGAUUACAAAAGGAUAUUGAUGAAAUCAUUGACAAAACUAAUGGAAAUCCAACAUACGAUGAUAUUAAUAAUAUGCAUUAUCUUAGUGCUGUGAUAAAUGAAUCACUUAGAAGAUAUCCUGUUGGUAUUAUGCACGACAGAGUAUGCGUUCAAGAUUACGAAUUACCGCCAACAUUACCAAACUAUAAACCAUUUAUUAUAAAAAAAGGCAUUAACGUAAUGUUCCCAGUUUAUGCAAUUCAUCACGAUCCUAAAUAUUUCGAGGAUCCUUACAAAUUUAAUCCUGAAAGAUUCAUGGAUAAUGGCAAAGAUAUUAAUAAUUCUGGAACUUAUUUCCCAUUUGGAAUGGGACCUAGAAUGUGCAUUGCUAAUAGAUUCGCUAUAUUGGAAAUAAAAGUAUUAAUUUUUCAUUUACUGGCAAGAUGUAAUUUAAAGCCUUGCUCGAAAACUGUUAAUCCGAUACAACUUACUAAAACGGGAAUACACAUGAAUUCUGCAAAUGGUUUUUGGAUUUAUUUAGAGGAAAGGAAGGAUGCACAUCCAGCUGUUAAAAACCUUUUACCCAAUAGCAAAAUUGAUAAUAAUAAUUAUAAUAAUUCUAAUGCCACAAUUAAAGCAACUACCAAUGGCGUUGCCAAAUGAUCAUACGAUCACAAAGAUUCAAAUAAUAAAUAUACAUUUAAUGAUUAUCAAUGUAUUUUACCUUAUAUUAUAUAAUACAUUUUAUAUAUAUAUACAUACGAAUGAAAUGUUAUAUGUACCGAAUUUCAAUUACCUAUUUAAUAUAACACGUAAUCGUGUUUCUAAUUACACGCAAC